AUGACAUCGAAAGUGGUUGCGACUAUUAACUCGACUGGCAGGCAGGCUGCUUCGUUCAUCCGCGCUGCAUCUGCUGUUGGCUGGCAUGUGCGCGCCCAGGUGCGCAACAAUGAGGGUCUCGUAGCCGAAGAGCUCGACACCCUGGACAAUGUCGAGCUCAUCGAAGGCGACCUGACUGGCCCCGACCGCUCACGCUUGCUGGCUCGACUCUUCACUGGCGCCAAGAUUGCCUUCAUCAACACCACUCACUGGGGAGAUGAGGUUGCCAUUGGUAGAGCAUGCGCUGACGCUGCGAAGAAGGCUGGUGUCAUGCACUAUGUCUACUCGAGCAUGCCAGACCACUCUACCUUUGGUGAAGACUGGAGAGCCUUGCCUAUGUGGGCGACGAAAUUCGCCAUUGAAAACUACGUGAGGCAAAUCGGCAUCCCAGCAACCUUCAUCUACACCGGCAUCUACAACAACAACUUCACCAGUCUACAGUAUCCCCUCUUCCAGAUGGAGCUUCAGGAUGACGGCAGCUUUGUUUGGCAAGCGCCUUUCCACCCUGAUGACCCACUGCCAUGGCUGGAUGCUGAACAUGACGUUGGGCCGGCACUUUUACAGAUCUUCAAGAUGGGUUCCAAACAUUGGAAGGGACAGAGGGUGACUAUGGCUUUCGAAAAGUUGACGCCAAUCCAAGUAUGUGCUCGAUUCUCGCGUGGUGUUGGCAGACCCGUCCGCUACAUUCACGGGCCCAUCAAGAUCCAAGUAUCGAUACCGAGUGGAUACCGAGAGCAACUCGAAAUACUACAAGAAACACUUGGACAAAAGCGUGCGCCUUACUUUGGUCCUGAUCUAGAGUAUCCUCAAGAAGGCCGCAGCAUAUGGGAGGGCUACCGAGGCAUCGAAGAGUACGCGCGUGAAGUCUUCCCGAUUGAAGAGUACGCCAACGGCCUCACUUGGAUGGAAGAGGAUAGAGACAUGUCGGAUUAUCCCACGCCCAGUGACUUUGGCGAUGGCGCCGAAGGCACGAACGGCGAGGGUGGACGAUCACGGCCGAUGACGCCUGCUGGUUCCCGUGUUCCUCUUCACAUUUCCGGAGCGUAUACCCCUCGAUCGCACCCUGAAGGCUUACACGCAGGUUUCUUUGUUGGCAGCUGCUAG